CCCGGCCGCGCUGCCGACCCUAGCGCGGGCUGCGCCGCCGCCGCCGGCGCCGCGCGCGCGCCCUGCGGGCCGGGCCCGGGCGGCGGCGGCGACCCGACGGGUCAAGCCGCGGCCGGAGGUGCAGGCCACCAGGGCGGAGCUUGCCGCCGCGCGGCAGGGGGGGUUCCCCGAGGACAAGCGCACGACGGACGGCGAGAGCCUCACGUUGCUGGAAAGGGAGAGCGUGGGAGACCACAACCAGCGGGUCUACCAGUCCGCCCUCGCCGAGUUCAGGAGCUUCGCCGGGGCCCUGGGCCUCCGCCUCAGGACCGCCGCAGACUACGACGAAGUGGCCCUGGAGUGGGCCCACCAGACGUUCUUCGACGGCGGCGACGCGCAGGAGGGGACCGGGCUGAAGGCGGUGCUGCAGUAUUACUACCCGCGGCUGCUGGCCACAGUCGGGCUGGCCAGGUUCGCCCGCGCUCUGAAGGGGUGGAGGCGGCUGGUCCCGCCCCGCAGCCGGCUCCCGCUCCCGUGGGAGGUCACGUGCGCGGUGGCAAACAAGCUGGCAGCCAGCCAGGACCUGCACGCCGCGCGCCGCAUCAUCGUGAUGUUCGUCUUCUACCUUCGGCCCGUGGAGCUGACGUCGCUGACCGGGCGGCAGGCGGCGCCGCCAGUGCGGGCGGCCGGGCGCAACGCCUGCUCAAUCGUGCUGUUCCCACUGGAGGAGCAGACGUCCAGCAAGACUGGCGCGUACAACGAGAGCCUCCUUGGCGACCUGCCGUUCUACAACUUCAUGGGUGACGUGCUGAAGCUGCUCAAGGCCGGCGUGGGCGACAAGGAGCUGGUGGCGCAGGCGUUCCGAGCGGCGGGGCAACAGCUGGGGCUCGAGGGCCCGCCGGGCCUGUGCCAGCUGCGGCGCGGCGGGGCGUCCGCCGACCUCGCCAGCGGCCGCCGCAGCAUCCCAGAGGUGAAGGCUCGCGGCCGCUGGGCGAGCGACAGCUCGGUGACGAGGUGCGGCAAGGGCGGCCGCAUCGCCGACCAGCUGGCCAAGCUGCCGGAGCUUUUUCGUCGAGCACGCCAUCGCCUGCGCCAGGAAGAUUGGCGGCAUCCUCUGCGGGCGUUGCCAACCUUUGCCGCCCGUGCGGGCGGCGCCGUAGCGCUCGAAGUAUUCAGCGGCUCCGGCAACCUCAGCCAAGCCUGGCGGCGGGGGCAGCGUGCCCUGGGGCAUGCCAUCUUUGAGUGGGGCCUCCGCUUGGGCGACGAGUAUGACCUGGCCCGCCAGCGUGCUCAGCGCCUGUUGCGAGGAUGGGUCAACAACGGGCUGAUCGCUGCCCUGGAGUCGCGCGCGGGGCAUCCGACCCGGGCCGCCGCCCCUUCGGAGUGA